ACGGUUGUUCUUUCCUCGUGGUGAUGAGCUGGAGACGUGUGCGCGUGCGGAUUUAUGACGACAACGAGGUCAACUUGUGGUCAGACCUCGCCUCCCUUUCCACAAUACAUGCGACUUGGUUCUUUCUCCUUGGCCAGCAUUCUUCUCCAUCUUCUUCUUCUUCGACGUACAACUUGCACGACGAGCGAGUUUAGUAAUACCCGACAUAGAAAUCCCCAGCAACAACGAAAGGGACGAGGACCGUGCCUGGCCGACUCGGAUUAUUGAUACGAUAGAAACUCGCAGUCCUCUGCAAUUCCCCAGACGUUUCUUUUCUAAACGUCAGGUAGAUAGCCUUGUGGCGUUUCAACCUCGCCAUCUCUUCCCUGCGUUUCUACCACAAUCGAAACAACAAAUAGACAAGCA